AUGUCUGAGCCAGACGUUGAGAAGUUAGAGCACCGGUCGCCCGCGCCGUUACGGCCCAGCGAUCCAUCGCGUGCUUCGUUAUCAGACUCAACAACACCGCCAAAUACGGAACACGGCACGCUGGAAACAGAGCGAAAAGCAGGCGAUGUGCCCGGCGAGAAGACCACCGAGGAUGGCAGGAUCAUCCACUCCUGGAACGGCCCGGACGACCCCGAUAACCCUUUUAACUGGGCAACGUGGUACAAAUGGGUCCUGACUGUUACGGUCUGCUUCGUUUCUAUCCUCACCGGGCUGCCAGCGGGGAGUUAUGGCGUCGGCUCCACCUACUACAGUUCAGAGUUCAACAUCCUGACGGCACCCUUCGACAAUUCGAUCUGGGCGACAGUCAGCUGGAACAUCGGAGCCGCUGUGUGGCCUUUGAUUUUCGUGCCAUUAACGGAAUCUAAAGGCCGAAUGCCUGGAUAUUUUGGCGCCUACAUCAUUUUCGUCGCAUUCCUUUUCGGCUCUGCCUUUGCUCAAAAUUAUGCGACAUUGAUCGUGACCCGCUUUUUCGGCGGAGGAGCCUCAUCAGUGAGCAUAAACAUCGUCGGAGGCUCGAUCGCAGACGUCUGGAAGGGUGACAGGGCCCGCUCGCUACCAAUGUCCCUAUUUGGUUUCACGUCUGUUGCCGGCAUCGCGCUGGGACCCUUCAUUGGGAGCGCCAUUAUCCAAAUCAACAAAGUAGACCCGUGGCGGUGGAUCUUCUACGUCCAGAUCAUCUACAACGCGGGACUCAUCCCGAUAUUCUGGCUCAUCCUCCGAGAGACCCGGAGCGACGUCAUCCUCGCCCGCCGCGCGAAGAAGCUCAGGAAGGAGACCAACAGGCCGAUCUACGCUGAGAGCGAACUGAAUCGCGAUUCCAUCGCGACGCAACUCAAAUUGUCGUUUGCAAGGCCUGCUCGCAUGCUAACUAAGGAGCCUGUCGUAAUCUUCUUCACUCUCUGGGUGUCGUUCGCCUGGGGCAUCCUGUUCUUGUUCUUCUCAUCCGUCGUCCAGACAUUCGAAUCGGCCUACAACUUCAACACAAUGCAAACGGGACUAGUUCAACUUGCUAUCAGCGCAGGAGCACUCAUCGCCACCUUUAUCAACCCCCUGCAGGACAUGAUGUACCUUAAGUCCGCGAGCCGAAACAAGGACAGACCAGGCAAGCCGAUCCCCGAGGCACGGCUCUACUUCUCCAUCCCGGGUUCAGUAUUAUUCGGGGCCGGCCUGUUUUGGUACGGCUGGAGCUGCCGCAGCAGCGUGUACUGGCUGGUCCCGACCUGCGGCAUCGCAUGCGUCGGCAUCGGCAUCUACUCCAUCUACCUGGGCGUAGUCAACUACUUGACUGACGCGUACGAAAAGUACGCCGCAUCGGCGUUAUCUGCUGCCAGCCUUGGAAGGAACAUGUUUGGCGCGUUCCUGCCCCUUGCCUCUCAGCCUCUGUUCAACGACCUUGGCUUUGGCUGGGCGGGCUCCCUUCUUGGCUUCAUCGGCCUCGCGAUGACCGCUAUUCCCAUAGUACUACUGUUCAAGGGCAAACAGAUCAGGGCCAACAGCCCGUUCAUGAGUGAAGCGAGCUACGACGAGGAGGAGAUUGAGGUUAGGAGGUCGAGCUAUGACCGCGCGCACUCGACUCGAUAA